UUCGUAUUAAAUAUUAUUCAAUCCACCCUCUCCUAUUUUGUAUGAUAGAGCUGUGCAAAAUGCCGGGCAGUGAGUCUUCAAAUAAUGACAGGGUUUUUGAACCUGAAGAAGUGCCAAUCUCAUCAUGUCAAUGGCCUACCUCACCCUCACCUGCGUCACCGUCACCUGCAUUAUUACCUCCCACAACGCCUGUGACGCCAGCAGCUGCAACGUAUGCGGAUGAUGAUUAUUCCACCCAGUUGAGUGUCCUGCCUGCUUUUCAAAGCUCCCAAUCCACCUCCCAAUCCACCUCCCAAACCGCCUCCCAAACCGCCUCCCAGUCCCGCCUACGUAUUUCAUGGAGUUCAGCAAUGGAUGAAGCUAUGUUGUUGGGGCUGCUUGACGCGAAAAAGGAUGGCUGGGAAACAGACAAUGGAAAUUUCAAGACUUAUGGAUGGAAUAUGGCAGUUGAAGCAGUCCGACGUGCCACUUAUCAAACUGUCAAUAAAAACAAUCUCGAUAAUCGAUGGAGGAGUAAUAAACAUACAUGGCAGCUGUGGAUGAAACACAAGAAUCAGAUCUCUGGCUGGACUUGGUGUGCAGAUCGUGAGACUUACAUUAAUGACCCAGAAGUCAUGAAUGAAUAUUUCCAACACCAUCCAGAUAUGGUUAUAUUUCAACAUCAGGGGCCCGCGUUCCGAGAGCUGAAUGAGCAAUUGCUUGAUGGUAAACUUGCUACAGGGCAGUAUGCAGUUGGUUCUCGAGCUAUGAGACGGCAACUCGGUAUAGAUGAUGACUUGUAUCCUCCUUCAUCCUCUGCGUCAAAUUAUCUGCCCCGGGUGUCAGGCACCACUGCAGACAGUCCUUCUCCAGAAAGAAAACGUUUGAGAAAGGGAAAAAAUGAGGCAUACGCUGAACCAAUAUUAGGGCUUGGUUCAGUGUUGCGAGAAAUGAAUAAGGAGAUUCUUAAUGCCUUACGAGAGGUCCCUGAGAAGGCUCCUGAGAAAGCCACUAGAUUGUUUCUGCAAGAAGUAAAUGAAAUACUUCCGGAGGAUUGGAAGGAUAGUGAUGAGGUCAUUCCAUAUCGGCGUUAUGCUGCAAUUCUACGCAUUUUUGCAAGCAAUCCUGCAAUGGCUCAGGUUUAUCUGGGAUUCAGUAAUAGCUCGAAGGAGCAGCGAUGUGCUUUUAUAAUGGAUAUACUUGAGGAGUAGGGGGGGAAAAAGUAGGGGGAAUGUGGGUGAAAAGUAGGGUGGUUCGAUGAAGAUCUUUGUACUGUAACUUACAUAGUCAAUCAUAGUAGUUAUAGAACAACAUUCUAAGCCGAGUGGAGUUGGUUGACAAAUCCAGUCCCGAAGAAUCGGGCUUGGCAG